AUGGAAGGGGUCCGAAUCACAUUUAGUUAUUCUGAAAACACCAAACUCAAUGAAUUUUUAAGAAAAAAAAUUAGAGACUUGGGUACAGAGAAAAAAAACCUGGUUGGAGUCUUUGGUAAAACUGGUUCAGGAAAAAGCUCCUUGAUUAAUGCCGUUGUUAAAGAGAAAGGUCUUUUAACCAUUGGAGAAGUACAAGCAUGCACCACAGUCAUGACCAAAGUGGAGGCUAAUACACAAAACAAUACAUAUGAAGCAGAAAUAGAGUUCAUAUCUAAAGAGGAAUGGGAAGAUGAGGUGAAGUUUUCCAAAGAUCUUUUAAAGGAACAAAAUACAGACGAUGAAGAAUAUGAAGAAUAUAAUGAAAAAAUGACUGCUCUUUAUGGAGAUGAGUGGAAAGACAGAUCUCCUGAAAACUUGAUGGAGCCUAAAUAUUUUAAAGAAAUAGGAGAAUUUCUUGAGAACAGAAAAAAGAUGGUGCAAGUCAAAUUGGCCAAAACAUUGGCUAAGAAAAUUCUCAAAUACACCAGAAGUGACCCUGAUAAAGGAAAAGGAUGGUUCUGGCCCCUGGUGAAGUGUGUGACUGUGAAAGUACCAAACUGUGAAAUUCUUAAACAUGUCACUUUAGUGGAUCUUCCUGGAAACGGAGACUGUAAUAAGAGCAGAGAUCAGAUGUGGAAAAAGAUUGUGGCCAGUUGUUCAACUGUAUGUGUUGUGUCUGAAAUUACCCGACCAGCAUCUGACAGAGAUGCUUGGGAGAUCCUGGAGAGAACAUGUGACCUCAUGGGAAAUGGUGGAGAAUGUCAAAAGAUUUACUUCAUCUGCACCAAGUGUGAUGAAGGGGAUAACAAAGAUUUGACAAGAAACUUAAAAGCCAAAGACGCAGUGAAGAAAAAAUUCAAUAAACUUGAUAAAGUCAAGAAACAAUUUAAAGAUGACUCUUUUGAAGUUUUCACUGUGAGCUCUAAAGACUUUUUCACUCUACGAAAACAUGAUCGUGAUCAAACAGAAAUACCCAGACUCCAGCAGCAUCUUCAAAAUCUAAAUAACCAACAUGAACAAACUCUGAACUAUGUCCACGGAGCCUUUGGGAUUCUGUCUCUGAUCAAAGGAGCCAAACUGGGAAAUAUGGAUUCUCAUCAGACUGCACAAGUGUUUGAGAACCUGACUGGAAUCAUACAGAGAGAUCUUCAGAAAGUCCAGGAGUCCAUGCUCAAAGUGUUUCAGGAGUUUAACACUUGUCUGAGUGAGGGUGUGAAGGAGUCAAAGAUUAAGUGUGAAGAGGCUUUGAACAAGGCUUUAAACCCUAAGCAGAAAAGUGGUUUUUACCUACCAUUAAGGAUGGCAAUGGAAAACAGUGGCAUUCACAAAAAAAAGAGACAAAUCGACCUCAAUGCAACAUUAUCAUCUCCUCUGACUGAGAGCAUAGAUGAAAAGUUCAGAGAAACAUUCCCAAAUGAUACAAAAUCUGGACCUUUAUAUGAAGUAAUUCGUGCAUUUUCACUUGACAUAAACAAACUGAUACAGCAGCACCAGAAUUUUGAACUUCAUCUGACAUUUAUCAGCAGUGAGGUAACCAAGGUUACAACCAAAGUGUGCCAAGAUAUUCUCCAUCGCAAAAAGAUCAUCUACAGCAGUCUGACGGAGACCGUGAAAGAGACGAUGCAAGAAUGCUACAAAGAAGCAGCAGACCACAGAGGUCCAGGCAGUUUAAACAACAUGAAAGAUACAGUUGAAAAGCACCUGAAGAAAGUAAAGAACACAAUGUUUGACAAAGCCAAAGAUAAAAUGUUGGCUCUACUGAAGAAGCUGAUGGAUGAUGUUCAGAAACAGCUGUGGGAAACUCUGCAGGAAUCUAUUGAUACGUCAUUCAACCCAGACCAACAGUUAUUCCCAGAUUUUGAGAAUGAGUUUGAGUUGGUGAAGAAACACUAUGAUGACCUGAGGGGUCCAAAAGAAGAAGACGUAGCAAAGUUUCAGAUGUGAUCUGUUGAAGAUGUUGUGAGUGGAAGAUGAACUGUAGCCUGCCACAUUUGACC